UUCAAUUAAUAUAAAGUAAUGUGUUAGCAAUUAAUAUAAAAUAAUAUGUUAGCACUAAAACCUUCUACUAUGACUCUGACCUUAGCAAUAAUAACAGUGAAUACUUAUUUUAAACAGAAACAGUGUGGUAGGUAUAGAAAACUGAGUAUAAUUUCUACUCUUUGAUAUUGUAAUUACUCUAAUCCAUAUAGCCAACAUGAAGGCAGGUAGGUGUUUUGCAGAUCUUUCUAUCCUCCGACCUUUUGCAUAUGUGAACUCAGAUCUCUGUAUAUCCAAGCAGAGAUAUCAUAAAUAUCUACUCAGGUGGAAACUGGACUUUUAAGAACUAGUUUUAAUGCAAUUUUGUCCUUUGUGUAAAGUGUUUUUAAAAAUCUUGAAUUUAACAAAUACAUGAAGGACCCAACAUUCAUUUUCUCUGUCCAGAACAUUUGUUUCAUAGGCAUACAAGUCAGAUGAAAUACAUAUUUGCUUUGGAGCUGUUAAGAUGUCACAUAUUUGUUAACUUAUGUGUGUGCUCUUUAUUAAAUCCAAUGCUUGGCAAAGCAUCAAUUCAGUUAGUAAUGUAAAUUUCCCCACACUGUGUUUUGUUCUGUAAGUGGUCCAAACUCAUAAAGCACAUUUUGCCCACUAUCUACCCGAAACCUGAGGUAAAAUUUACCUUCUUAAUCAGUCCAAAAAACCCUCAUAAUAUAGUAUCUAAAAUUUUCUAGUUUCCAAAAUAGCAUUUGAAUGUGUGAAUCAAUCAUGAUUAUAAUAUGGAGCCUAUGGCAUUGUAUUUAUGAUUUAUAUUAGAAAAACCCCAACAUAAUACAUGUUGCUAUUGCACUGUUUUGGGUAUAAUGCAAGCCAAGUGAUGUCACCCGGAAUGUAAGAACUCAAUGUAUUUAAUAAUAUCAUAGCCAAUGUGUCUCAAAGUUAUUGCCAAUGAAAAAAGGGGAAAAAAUGUUUUUACACGUAGAUAUAACAAAGGAAAAGUUUCCCUAAACAAUGCUUACCCUACUACAUGAAACAUUCUUUUAUGUGUGUAAACCCUCUACAUUGAUUUCAUGAUUCUACUAAAGGGUGACUGUUUGGAGCCAGUUAUCUCUAAGUCUCUGUUUCUGCUUGCCUUUCCAGCAGAGGCACUGACUCCAUUUUCAAGAACGCUAUCCUUUCAAGGAUGUUUGUACAGCAAACAGCCUUGAAAGACAGAGAAUUAUCUUCCUCCAGAGAAAAGGACAACUUUGUUUCCUACACAUUAAAAUAAAGAUAAGGGCAGGCAGCCUUGCAGCCAAUUAUAAAAGUCUCAAGGUCCCUAAGCUCAAAGUUACGCUCCUCUGGACCCUCUGAGUGCCACUCUGUUGGAAGUGAGGCUUGAGAAACAAGCGCAAAUGCUGAGUCUGAAUGCCACAAUUGCUUUGUCUCUGAGCCAGGAGUCUCGUGUCUUCUGCCAGCAUCCAUGAAACUGGCAGGCUAACUGGUUAGCUGCAAGUCAGGUGAAAUCUCAGCCAAUAUUCCCACAUUAUCAAUUUAACCAUAAGGCCAAUUUUGCCAAUUUAUUUCUUCAUCUUAGUCUCAAAGCAAAUAGAGAAUGUCUUUUUUUCUGCAGCAUCUGCUUACUAAUACUAUAUGAUGCUACAAAGUACCUUCCAGAAACACCUAGUCUUUUAGCAGAACGAAAUCUCUUACUCAUCUGUCUUCACCCAGGAGCCUCCCUUAGACAGAGAGAGCUUCCUGCUUGUCCUUGGGACUUCCAUAGUUAGCAAAUCCGAUUGCUCUAGAUGGGUUUAUGUAAGAAGAUCUGUAGUAAUGGGAAACACCAGCAAUAUACUCAGAAAUUUAGAUUCAUUCUGUGUCUCAGUGCUUCUAAAACUAUAAUAGCAGAUCAUGAUGUGCUUCAAGAUGGACUCAUAGUCAUGUAGAAUACAACAGCGGUUCCAGUGACCCACGUUUUUUCUGUGCAUCCUGUUUACAUCAGCAAGGAAAGCUCUGACUGGGUCACCCCUACUGGUAGUUACUUGGCAUGCCGUACUUCUCACUAUAUCCUCCUGGGUGUCUUCGGCUCUGGUCUAGUCAUUUCAGCCAGGGUAAGCAGGGUUACUCUCGUCGAACAUCCAUACACGUGGCAAAAGCCAUAGCCACUUGAAGAAUAGCCUGAUGUUGCUCUCCUCUGCAGAGAGCCAUGGGCAGAUAGAGCCAUCAUCGCCUGUGUAUUACUGCCUCAAGUAACAUCUUACCAUCCUUAUGCCUCACUACAAAGUUACAAAUACCUGCCAGGUAAACAUCAAAUUAGAAACCUCUAGAGGUUAAAACAAUAGACAAUUUUGCUCCAUCCCUUGAUCUGGUAGGUAAGUUGAGUUACCCCAGAGCUAAGCCAGAUCAGAACCCCGGUUUUCCAUUUCCCAUUCUGCCUGAUUUCCACACAAUGCCCAUAUGUGGGCAACACAAUCCUUCUUGGGAAGGCAGCAAGACCCUUAGCCCCCCAAAUGCAGAGCCCACAUUUUCAGGCUCUGCCACAGUGCGUGCUCCGUGGCGUAGCAUGUUCUCUCUCUCUUCUCUCUCUGUUUCUCUCUCUCCCUUUUCCUCGCUCCCUCCCUUUCUCUCUAUGAAUUCAUUGAAUCACCUAGAUUUGCAUAUAACCUGAUUUGGAUUGCAUUUUUAAUGUUUCUCACUUCUUCCAUGCUUCUGCGUGAUACCACUUCAUUUUAAGAAGUCCCCAAUUUCUAUUUUAUGAAUCGCUUAGUACCAUGAACAAUCCCAAGAAACAAAUUCUCAGGUUUUAUAGCUCUUCAUGCUUUCCAAGCCUGCAUAUCACAGUCUCCAGGAGGCUUUCCUGAUGUAAGAAUGGACGCCAGGCUCUUUGUACGCGUUCCAGUAACCAACAGCACGGCCUCUGUCAUCGCAUGAUCCAAUCAUCUCAUCACUGCCUGAUGACAUGGCUGCCUCCCCUGCUGAACUGCGAGCUCCUGGUGGGCAAGACCCCACUGCUUAUUCGGGCUCAGACUGCUCUCUUUGAAGCCCCAGACAGAUGUCAAUUACAGUGCCUUCUCUUUGGAAACACGGAGCAAACUUUCUCUACGCUGUCCACGGAGCAAGUCAACAAAGACCUUUUCACCGAAAUUCAAACACCGAGAGCAACGAAGAGACUAUAUAUGUCCUCAAGACAGGCCAGCUCGUCUUUCCAGAACUACUGUCGGGAUCCGGGUCAAUGCCUCCCUUUCACCAUCACCGUAGACCAGGAGCAUGAUAGGAGGAGAAAGAUGGAUCGCAGGGACAAUGGAAAGACAAGCAAAACUGGGGGAGAGAGAGAAUGGGAAAUCGACAUGGGUAAGAAGGAGAGAGCUUGCCUCACGCCUGUGGGUCCAGCUAAUGGGUUGAGUCUCGUGGUGGGUGUGCCCCCCCUUUUCCAAAGAUUUACGACAUCAUUACCUGUUUUCGCUAACCAAGGAAAUCCAAAGAGGGCUUUUGUUUUUAUGGAAAAAAAAAAAAAGAAAAAAAAAAAGGUGAAAAGCGAGAUGAGUCUUUGGCAUCGUUUGGCACCUGUUGGGCCUUUGUGGAGGCAGCGUGCACCCGAGCAGGGAGACUGGCUCAGCCAAGCUCCUUCCCCAGGAACCACACGCGGCAUCUCAGAGCCCAGCCGCCAGAGCUCUGGACUGUGUCUAUGAGCAUCGGCGCUUUAUGUCGAUUUCUUUUGUUCAUCUGUUAGCAAGAUGUGUCCUAAGGUAUCAGAAAAGCCUAAGAGGGCUUAUUGUUUUGCGUCUGGGAGCACUCAAAGAAUUUUCCAUGGAAGUUAAUGACAACUGCUUCUUCCCUUUAUGGCUAUUUUGGCUUACAAAAGGUUUCGUGGGAAUGCUCUAGGUUCGGACGGUGGGGGUGGGGGUGACCUGUACUUCCCAGCAAGCUGCUUAUUUAACGGGGUCGUAACUGAAGACGGGCAGGAUCUAACUGUAACCUUUACCAAAGUCAGUUACGACUUUGUGCACCUGGUUUUGCAAUUUUUCGACGUACAGCCGCUUUCGUUAGGCAGGAAGCUGGGUGUGAGCGACAGGAGGAUGGACAGCCCCAACCCAGGACCGCCCGGGGACCACCCGUUGCACCCAUCUGGCAGCGGGUCUGUGGGCACAACAUCCGGCCCAGGGAGAGUUAAGUUUGAUAUGCUUGUGCUCAUGCAGACCUGACCUAUGUCCCUAGAAUAGACAAAAUGUUGCGAUUUCCUACCCCAUGCAGGUAUUUUAAAUACAUCUUGGGAAA